UGUGAAAUUAAAUUAGUAGAUCUAAACAAAAAUAAACUUGUGGCUCUCCAUAUUUUGAUAAUAAAUGUGCUAAGUGUAAUCAACUUAUCUUCAACUGUACAAGUUUGUACAUCUUAAACGGCCAAUAUAAGUUAAGGCCUUCUUAAAUAUGUGAACUUUUGACCUUCCCAAUAUUACUAGAACUUUAAUAGAAUCAACCCGAAAAAAUACAAACCUACUCGAGUCAGAUUGUCAUUAAAGAUGGGGGACCGUGACUUCCCGACCGUACCUGUUACAACAUUAUCCGGCUUAACCAGCACGUCUGAUUUGCUGAGCGAGUUGCCUGUGUCGGAUUCGCUUCAUAGUGCAGCAUCUUUAAAUAAGUCUCUACUGUUCCAUGCGUUAGUGGCCAAUGAAUCGAACCAUUUACUUUCUGUCCGUGAUGAAAAUCUAGUGCGUCAAUUAGUAAAUGCAAUUGAAAGAACGAACUCUGACCAUAUAGAGCUAAAAUCAAUAUAUACUAUUGAAGAACCAGGAGCUACCAUUAGUACUUAUCCUGAGCUACUCCAGGGAAUUUAUAAUUUUCGUCCAGGGGUUUUUAACACUUCAUUUAAGAUAAUCUGCCCCGACCAACAUACUCCAAAGGUUCGAUUCGAUGAAAAUAAAAUUAAGCUUGAUUCCUACUUAAUACCGAAAGUUUGUACAUCAACUAACUUAUCAACUUUAAGAGAAGAUCUAUUGCAGAAUCAACACUCGCCGUCACGCAGUGAUCAGUUUACCAGUAUGGCUUCUGAAGAAAUGUCAGAAGAAUUUUUACAAGGAAAUAUUAAGGAUACGCCAAUCGAAAAAAGCAAAAAUAACAAAGACAUCACUAAGAACUUUGAUCAAAAUAUGAUUACAAUAUCAGAAACAAAUACGUUAAGAAAUAAUUCAAUAAUUGAAAAACAGUACGUCAGAAGCCAAAAAGAAUUCAGUUACGGUUCGAAACACGUUUUAAACCAAACACCAACUGACGUUCACCAAUCCAUUCAAAAUAUUUCAGAAUCAGUAAAUAUAACUGCAGCAGACCAAUUACAGAAACCUUCAAAACAUUAUAUUACAAAAAAAUCACCAAAGCAAAAAAAUACCGUUUCUUAUUCAUACACGCAACAAUUGCAAGAAGGUAUAGACUCCUUUACAAUCAAUAAAUGUACCCUUGAACAUCAACAAAACCAUAUUGCAUCAACAACUUCAUCGACAUCUACUUCAUCAAGUGGCAAGUCUCAGGUUCGGGUAUGUAUAAAUCGUCUUUAUGUUGAGGAUAGUCGUCUUAUGCAACAAAGUAUUAAAAAGUUUGUACAAAAGUCACCAGAACUGGCUAGAACUAUGGGGUUACUUCAAGAAUCGCCUCAAAUACAACAUGAAAACUUUAUUGCGCUGCCUAUGUGUACUGAAUCUGUAACAGUGAGUGAAGCUGGUAGUAAUAAUACAGUGAACAUACCAAUCGACACGUUUUCAACUAUAAAAGCCGAUGAGAAACGAAUUUCAGCGAAACGCAAAUUGGCGAUAUCAAUUGGUGACAUUCCACCCGAUCAAAUAUUUUCUCAACCUAAAAUGCGUCGGGUCGAAAGAAUGUUUCCCUUAUCGAAUACAAAAUGUUUAAAGGAUGAAGUAACUCGUUCGCAAACAUAUCAACAAUUUUUGCGCAAUAUGGAUCAAAUAAUUGAAAUAUUAGACGAUAGUGAAUCUCCUAAUUUUGAAUCAGAAGAUGUCGACGAAAACAUUGAGUGUAUUUCACCAAAAUUGCUGAACACAAUGAGCAUUGAUGUUGCCAAGUUAAAAGCUAAGCACGCUUUAGACUCCAUACCGAAAAACAAAUUGACCCUGCUUAUUAAUUACGCAAUGCGCAACGUUUACUUAGCCAGGAAUUAUUUUGCUGGACCGGAGGACGAAGAGGAAAUUGUAGACGAUGAAGUGAUUGAAAAAUUACUUAACGCAAUUGAUGCUUGCUUGUUGAUAUGUAACAUUUAUUCUACAGUAAGCGAUCUUAAGUUUUUACAAGAGGAUAAUAUAUCACACAUUAUAAAGUUUACACAAUUUCAACUACGUGAAACCAUAUUUCCUCUUCAUGAUCCGGUUUACACUGUAAAAAGUAUGAAGAAAACAAUUAAUCGUAAAAAAAUAAAGUCACAUCAAAAUCACAGUAGAAGUCUGCAGCUAUUCUACUCAAAAACUGUUGAGCUAUUAAAGGUUUUUGUAACUCUUUUUGAUAAAUGUGUCUUUGUUGAUACAAUAGUUCUACCAUUGUCGACGUUGGCUAUUGAACCGUUCUUUGUUGACAACAUAGAGACGCUGCAAUUUGUAUGUUUGGAACUCGUAACCACAAUUUUUCGCAAGGAAAGGUACGAUAAAAUCAGGAACAGCAUUCUGGGAGACAUUUUGACAUCGAUCGACCGCUUACCUUCAUCAAAAAAAAACCUACGUCCAUAUAAACUAACAAAUAAUGGAGGAACUAUUCAAAUGGUUACAGCACUUGUUCUACAACUAAUUCAAUGCGCAACUGUUUUGCCAGAUUCACUUUGUGAUACCGGAAAACUAGGUACUAAGACCCAAUUGAAUGUUGCAGAUGACGAAAACCUCCCAAGCGGAGCUACAAAAACUGUUCAGCCAGAUCAGGAUAUAAUUGUUUUACAAAAGUAUGAUGUCGCUGUCAGUAUAGGUGGAAACUUUUUAACAACGUUUUUAAAUAAAUGCAAAUCACGGUCUAAUGAAAUUGAUUUCCGACCACUUUUUGAAAAUUUUAUUCAUGAUUUACUGGCUACCGUUAACAGACCCGAAUGGCCUGCAUCUGAAUUGUUACUUUCGCUGUUGGGAACUAUGCUGGUUCGCUAUGUGUCUGACAAGGGCAUAGAACAGAGCAUUCGCUUAGUUUCAUUGGAUUACCUGGGCAUUGUAGCUGCUCGAUUGCGUAAGGAUACUGUUGAAUCUCGGUGUAAGGUUAACAUAAUUGAUUCAAUGAUAAAAUCAAUAAAAGUAGAACAAGAAAAGGAGGGUGAUUUAACUGAAAAUAAUGCUCAAUUUGAACUACAACCCGAGGAGCAGCGAAUCGAGUUUCUACAAAAAAUACUUCUGGAUUUCCUAGCUGUAAAUGCUCAAGAAGAAAAUUUAAUCUGGGACUAUGCUCGGCACUUUUAUUUGGUACAGUGGUAUCGAGAUGUAAUUUAUCAAAGACGUCGGAUAAGGGAUGAUGGAAAAGGAUUGGCUUUGAGAAAGUCUAAAUGUCGGACUAAACAUAAGACUGGUGGUGAAUAUUUGGAUACAUCCGAUUCUGGAUCGUGCGAAGAAAUAGACAUCGAAGAAUCGCAAAAAAAUGGAAAUCCGUCUAUUGUCGAUAUUGAUUUUGAGCUUAAUCUUGAAAUAUUUAACACAUUGGAGGCAAGAAAGCUAUAUUUAAUCAAUAAAAUUAAGCCAUUUGCAGUUUCUGGAGAGCAAACCCACACAUCAAAUCAGCAUAUAAAAACAUACAUAGAUUAUAACAAUGCACAACUAAUAGCGCAGUAUCUGGCCACUAAACGGCCUUUCAGUCAAUCAUUCGAUGGAUGCUUAAAAAAAAUUAUUUUAGUAGUUAAUGAACCGUCCAUUGCAGUAAGAACACGUGCAAUGAAAUGUCUUGCAAAUAUUGUGGAAGUGGAUCCAUUGGUACUGAAACGAAAAGACAUGCAAAUGGGUGUUAAUCAAAAAUUCCUAGAUACAGCUAUUUCAGUACGAGAAGCUGCGGUAGAUUUGGUUGGAAAAUUUGUGCUUAGUAAUCAAGAAUUAAUCGAUCAAUAUUAUGACAUGCUGUCGACUCGAAUAUUGGAUACUGGGGUAUCCGUGCGGAAAAGAGUCAUAAAAAUUUUAAGAGAUAUCUGUAUAGAAUAUCCAGAUUUUGCGAAAAUUCCCGAAAUUUGCGUUAAAAUGAUACGACGUGUCAAUGACGAAGAAGGCAUUCAAAAACUUGUUACUGAAGUUUUUAUGAAAAUGUGGUUUACACCAUGUAUAAAAAAUGACAAACUUGGCAUACAGCGGAAAAUCAAUCAAAUAAUUGACGUGGUAAAUUCUGCUCAUGAUACUGGAACCACUUGGCUGGAGGGUCUUCUUAUGAGUAUCUUCAAACCAAAGGACACUAUGUUAAAGUCUGAUGGAUGUGUACAAGAACCAAUAAGGAAAAAUACGGAGCCCCCACAGGAAAUCGUGGUAGCUUGUCAACAAUUAGCUGACGGUCUAAUUGACAGACUGAUUGAAUUAGAGGGCACUGAUAAUGCGCGAAUGUUGGGUUGUAUUACCACACUGCAUUUGCUAGCUAAAGUGCGGCCGCAACUGCUAAUUAGACAUGCUAUGACAAUAGAGCCCUAUCUUAAUAUAAAAUGUCAUUCUGCCACAGCUGCUAAAUUCAUAUGUGCUGUUGCGGAUAUUCUCGAAAAAGUAGUCCCUCUGGUUAACAAUGCCAGUGAAUCUUUUUUGGCAACGUUGGAAGAGCACUUAAUGUUACUAGUUGUUUCACGAAACCAAGCCGAAGUAACUAGUUGUGUUUCUUGUUUAGGCGCACUAGUCAAUAGGAUUACUCACAACUUCAAACUGAUUCGUGACUGUUUUCAAAAGUUUUAUCGAGUGCUUGAUGUUUCUCGAAAUCAAGUUAUACAAAGAAACUGCAGUGUAGAUCAUAUUUACACCCCCAGCUUUCGGAGAAGUUUGUUUACGAUCGGAAUAUUAAUGCGCUACUUUGAUUUUAAGUCUCCCAUUGCCUUAGGUGAGACAAAUGGUGGACUUCCAAUUUCGAUAUGUGAUGAUGUAUUCGAUUGUUUGAUGUUCUUCUGUAGUUGUGGAAAUCAAGACAUUCGAAAGCAAGCACUUAUUUCGCUUGGAUCUUUCUGCGUUUUAAACGAUGACUAUCUUACCAGAUCCGAGCUUAAAAAUUUGUAUUGUGAUAUUUUAAGCUCAAUCGCAAACGACGCCGGGUUUAAAAUAAUCUGCAUGCGUAAUAUUUGGAUUUAUUUAACGGAAUCUGAAAUGUUUAUGCACAAUAAGGAAAAAGAAUGGGAAAAACAAUCAAAGCACGAGGAUCUUAAGGAAAUGAACGACGUUUCCUCUGGCAUGGCAAGUCGAAUAAUUCAACUUUAUCUGGAAGAAAUUCUUGAAUGCUUUUUAAAUCGGGAUGAAACAGUUCGAUUGUGGGCUGUUAAAGUAAUACAGAUUGUUCUUCGUCAAGGAUUAGUUCAUCCAGUUAGAAUGGUUCCGUAUUUAAUAUGCUUAAGUACUGAUCCUAAGGUCGAGUCCGCCCAUAGAGCUGAUGCUUUAUUAAAAGAUAUCGAUAAAACAUAUUCUGGAUUUGUAAAUAUGAAAGUGCAGUUUGGGUUACAACUUUGCUUUAAGCUACAAAAAGUUUUACAAAUAAACAACAGAGGAAAAAUGGAAAUUAUAAGAGGUUAUGGGAAUCGAGGACCAGAUAAUAUGAUAACCGCUUUAAACGACUUUCUUUAUUCCCUGCUUCGUACAACUAAGCCACAAAGGCGUGCCUUAGUGCAAACAGUAACAAAACAGUUUGAUGAUCAGAAAACAUCAUUACAACAAAUGUUGUAUAUAGCCGAUAAUUUGGCUUACUUCCCAUAUGUAGUUCAAGAUGAGCCAUUAUAUCUGAUACAUCAAAUAGAUCUACUAAUCUCAAUGGCUGGAACACAUUUACUCGCUACGUUUAAAGAACAUUUGAAACCAAUUGAGAAAGAAAGAGAUGUAUUAGAAGAUGAUGAUGACGUAGAAGAUCCACAGGUUCUGUUCAAUCGAUUGCCCGAAGACAUGACAGAAAUAAAAAAAUGUAUAACAUCAGCACAAGCGUGUAUGCUGCUUCUAAUAUUAAAAGAUCAUUUAAAGGACAUGUACGGUAUAACUGAUAGUAAAAUUUCAAGGUAUUCACCAUCCGAACCAAAAUUAUAUGAAAAAGCUGUUACACGUAGAAGCGUUACUGACUUUAAUCCGAAAACAACUAUUGAUGUUAUCAAAAAACAGAUGUCGCAACAGAAGUUGAGCACAGACAUCCAUUUUCCGUUUACGAACGAAGAGAAACUGGACCUAGUUGCUAAGUACCUUGAUUUUAAGCAACUUAUGUUAAAACUUGAUCCAGAAGAUGCGGACUCAGAUCCUGAUGAAUUCCGCGACAAAUCAACUUUAAAUAAUUCGACUGAUGGUAUAGUAUAUACUAAUUCCAUGAAAAAUUCCUACACCGCCAGUGAUGGAUGCUCUUUUACCUCUUCUGUGACUAUUGACAAUAUGCAAACUUCAAUAUUACCUGCAACUUCUGGAAACGAUGCGCGUGAUGUAUCAAUAGCUCAUAUCGUUAAAUCUACCGUUUCACCUUCAAAGUCAAGUGGCCGCAAAUACAGUCAAGUUCGAAGUAAAAAAAAAAGAAAAAAAAAUGAGUCAUCAGAUGAUGAAAACAGUGAUGCAGAUUAUGCGUAAGCAGGAUAAAAUUAUCUUUGUCAUUUAAGAAUAUUUUGUAUAACUAAAAAAAUUUAUUUUGGAACACAUGUUACAGUUAAAACUUAAUUUUUUUUUAAGAAACCUCAAUUCAAUUAAAAAUAUUAAUAAAUACAAUACAUAUAAACAAACACAUUAUCUAAAAGCAAAUAUAUGUAAUAUAGUAAUUACAGUAUAGUGUAAACUAUAAUUUAAACUAGUUUAGUCUUUUAUUUCUGAUUAUACUGGAGCAGUCCUGCUCUGAAGUAUAAAUUUGUAUUUUUUUUAUUUUGUGCUACAAAAAAAUAAAUAACCAAAAUAAGGUCA